AAACUUUUCACUUUACAUUAGUUCCGAACUAUUCGUAGGCCGUACACCCGGCAAAGCAGUUUCCUCUCUUUUCAAUCCAUUAUCCUUUUUCCAACACCAACCACACUUCGAUUCUUCGCAGUUUUGUCCCGACCAAAUCUUCGAGUUUCGACGAUGAAGAAGAAGACUUCGACUUCGAACCCCAAAGGGUCACCGGUGGGCCCACAGAGCGAGGAGAUCGAUUGUGGGAUGAGGCCCGGCGGGAUGUUGGUCCAGAUGCGCGACGACGGCGAUUCCGGCGGCGCUUCCUCCCGUGGGCCCAUGAUCAAGAUCAACGUCUCCCACGGCCCGGCCCACUACGAGCUCUUUGUCUCCGCCCAUUCCACUUUCGGGGACAUAAAGAAGGCCCUUUUAUAUAAAACCGGUUUGGCGCCCAAUGAGCAGAGACUCUUGUUCAGGGGAAAAGAAAAGGAGGAUGAGGAACAUUUGCACAUGGCAGGAGUGAAGGAUAAUUCGAAACUUUUACUCUUGGAGGACCCAGCAAGCCAAGAGAGGAAGCUUGAGGAGCUGAACAACAGCUGUGAGAUGUCAAACGCAUGCGAAGCUGUUGCUGAGGUCCGAGCGGAGGUUGCUAAUCUCGCUGAAAGGGUUGCUGCCUUAGAAGUGGCUGUGGGGAAUGGAACCAAGGUUGCGGAGAAGGAGUUUGAUGUGACAACAGAGUUGCUUAUGAGGCAGUUGCUUAAACUGGAUGGUAUUGAGGCUGAAGGAGAAGCGAAAAUGCAACGGAAGGCCGAGGUACGUCGUGUCCAGCACUUGGUGGACACACUGGAUGCCCUAAAAGCAAGAAACUCCAAUCCAUUUCACAACACUAGCAAGGCUGUAUCAGUAACAACUCGAUGGGACUCUUUUGACUCUGGUGUCGGAAGCUUGACUGCCCCACCCCCAAUGCAAUCUUCAACAAACAUAUUGAAAGAUUGGGAACGGUUUGAUUAAUGUAAAGUUUUUGUUAUGGAAUCGUAGAAACAGUAGUGGGAAUAUAUACACCGAAUGUUAUUUUUGUACCUUCGGUGCUUCAUUCACAAUUGAGUUUGGUUGCUAGCACUAUGUCUAGAAACAAGAACUUCCUUUUGCUCAAGAACGAUUGGAAUUGGUAUAACAUUAUUCUAUCUGUUCUCAUCUAUGAAACCGUACUAUUAAUCUCUCUUUUGUCAUUGUUAAAGAUUAUCUUUUAGAUCCCAACCUUGAAUUGAA